AAAUUAGACGAUGUAAUUAAUUAAUGAAAUCAAAACAACACAUGGCUGUUCCAGUUCGCUGAAACUCUCGAUGAACUUAAGAAUUGUUAUCACAAAUGCAUUGUUUCUCUUUUCGCUGCAUUUGAAUUGUAUUUUCUCUCAAAUUAUCGCUGAAAUAGAUGUACCACAGCUCCAACUGUUAGCGGCUAACUUAAAACCCGAGGAGUGCGUGAGACUCGUAUUCUUAGAUUCCCAUUCACAACUGUCAGAUGUACAAAUACAAAAGUUGACACGAGAACAAAGUUGCUUUCGAAGGCUCGUGAAAUGGAUCUGUCAAUUAAGAACAGUUACAAGAAACACGUAUGCAAUUGUAAACAACUUCCUGGAACGAAUUGGAAGAAGAGAUUUGAUUGCAUGCCUUGCUGAAUUCAACAUGAAAAGUUCAAGAGCGCCGAAAGUGAUUCGCAACGUUGAGCCGACUGACUAUUUUGAAGACUACGAAGGAAUUACAGUGACAACAUCCAAACCGAAAGAUUUACAAGUCACCAAAACGACCAAUCAAUACUCAAAUCAGACGAUUGAGAAGAUCAGUGGACAAACUACGAUCAAGAUGUCGCUAAGAACCGUAGGAAUCAUUCUUGUUACGAUUGUACUUUUAACCUGUUGCUGCACUUUGUUCAUAAGAAACAGACUAGCACAUCUAUGGAAUAAAAUACGAGGGAAAAAGAAGAAAGGAAAAUUGAUACCGAUCGGAACGGAAGAUAUAUCUAGAAGCUAUUUCGUUCGAAAGCCACAUACAAAAAGAAAGAGACCAUCGUACGAACUGGUGCACGCAGCUACGCAAAAUAAUAUAGUCGCUGUGCCGAAAGAACCGGAAGAACCACCACCGACAGGUUGUUAUAAGUGUUACAAGAAGAAGAGAAAGAAAAGUACGAAAAGACCGCACAGAUGAACCGUGUAAAUUAAUGAACGACUGUAUGAAGCUAUUGUUCAACGUUUACACAUACCAUCUUUCUUUCUAUACAGCGUCUACGGUUUUAUAACAUUUAUCGAUAAUCGAACCUGUCAGCGUUGGUGUUUUUGUAAAAAUGAGAAACAGUAAAUGAUAAUAAUUUCUAGCCUUAAGUUUGAUUGAAAACGAACAUGAUCGAAUCACAAGUAAUUUAUAAGUAGCUCUAGUCUCAACUUACCGCCAAACCGUGAUCCCCUCUCCGACGCCAUAAGAUUGGGGCCUGAAAACUCGCUACGUUGCAACACGAAAACAAGCACGCCGCCGCGCCGCCGCGACCAUUAGAUGACUGCCCGAGAAGCGCACACUCCACGCCUGCGCACACUCCGCGACUGCGCAUCACUAGAUCUAUGGCCCCCACUACUUACAUGUAAACAUUUACGCGGGGAAAUUUGAAUUGAUACUUAUUAUUCAUAUUUCUUAGUUAUAUAUUAAAUUCUAUAAUAUUAAAUUAUUAAAAUUAAGAUUUUAAGAAUUUGUGCUUCCCUUGUACCGCCAUUUUCUCUAGGAAACCUUGAUUUAAUCGCGAAUGUACAAAAACUGCUGCACAGCCCCUGAAGAUUGUCAAUAAAUGUUUGCUCGUUUA